UGGGUACAAACAUUUCAAUCAUUGCUCUUAACAUUCAAUUGCAUCAGUUUUAGAGCUAUUGAUAGGUUCUAUUUUGUAGUAGGACCAGUCUAUCGCAAUGUCUAACCCAAAUGAAAUCCUUCAGCCGCCUGAACAACUUGAGGUUGAUCAGCAACCUCCUAUCGAUGAAGAAGAAUUGAGGAGAGCUGCCACGGGUCAAUCUCUUGAUCCAAAGUCCCUGCACUCUGUUGCUCCUGGACUUCCAAAGGAAACAACUGGACCGGCUGGACAGCACUCGUCUUCGCUGUCCAUUGGCCAUGGUGUAUCUAGACAAUCGUCUAGACAACCAAAUGGCCCACCAUCUAGUCAGCCUCCUAGAAGACCAAGUAGUUCAGCUACUAGACAGCCUCCAAGAAACUCAUCUCCCCAGGCUGCUGGUCAAUCAAAUGGAUAUGCCUCUAAUCAGCCUGGUCAACCUGGCCAAGUCUCUGGUGUCUCUGGUCAACCAGGCCAACACUCUGGUCAAGCUUCUAGACAAAUAACAAGAACUGAAACAUCCAAUGGAACUCCAGCUACAAAGACCUCCAGUAAAAUCUCGUCCUCGAAGAACACCGAUGACGUCAGUGAAAGAACUGAGGAUUUGACUCCAAGUGAAGACUUUGACAUGUCUGAUGUCAAAUCCAAACCAAAGCCUCGUCAACCAGUGGAACCUUCGUUCAGAGGCUGGAAAGAAGUUGGUGGUUGGGGUGAAGGUGACGCCCUUACUGCCGAUGAUGAAGCGGAAGAUUUGCUCGAACGUUCGACAAUUUUCGACCAAUAUCUCCCACAAGUUGCCUAUGGUGACUGGUACCACAAUGUCGCUUACUUGAUUGUAGCUGGGUUGCUCUCGUGGAUCUUUGGUUGGUUCCGCUUUUCGUUGGCCCCAGUGUUCUUUGUCAUGGUGUCCAUCUCGUUGCUCUACCGUACCUCCAUCAGAAGAUAUCGUCUGAACUUGCGUGAGCUUGCACAAAGAGAAUUCUCCAUCAAGGCCAUUGAGGAUGAUUAUGAAACCUUGGACUGGAUGAAUGUGUUUUUGGAGAAGUUUUGGUACUUUUUGGAGCCUUCGAUCUCUCAAAUUGUCUGUGACCAAGUCAAUCCAAUCUUGGCUGCCAGUCCAGCACCAGCGUUCAUCAAGCAAUUGUGGAUUGACUCCUUCACCGCCGGUACAAAGCCUCCACGUAUCGACUGUGUCAAGACUCUCCCAGGUACAGACUCGGACAUUGUUGUCAUGGACUGGGCUUGCUCGUUCACUCCAAACUCCUUGGCUGAUUCCAACAAUAAGCAAUUGAAGAACAAGGUGAACCAGAAAAUUGUCGUCAAGGCCAACUUGUUUGGUAUUCCGAUCCCUGUAGCGGUGCUGGAUGUUUCAUUCAUGGUUGUUGUCAGAAUCAGAUUGAGAAUGAUGACUUCUUUCCCGCACGUGGAAACGGUCAAUGUUUCCUUGAUGGAGCCUCCUCACUUUGAUUUCAACUCCAAGGUGUUGUUUGGAGACAAUAUCUUCAACUGGGAAGUUUUAUCCAUCCCCGGCUUGUACCCCUUCAUCCAUGAUAUGAUCAAGAAGUACGUUGGUGCCAUGUUGUUUGCACCAAUGUCCUUCCAAUUGAACCUCCAACAAUUGAUGGCUGGGAACGCCUUGGACGCAUCCAUUGGGAUCUUGGCAAUCACCGUCAAGUCUGCCUCCGGGAUCAAGGGCCACACCGCCAUGGGUAACACCAUUGACCCCUACGUGCUGGUUGGAUUCAAGAAGGAUGUUCUUGCUAAGACAGGCCACAAGGCAAACACCACCAAGCCAACUUGGAAUGAAAUCUUGUACAUUCCCGUCAAGCUGUUGUCCGAACCACUUGUUCUCACCUUGGAUGAUUACAACCAUCACCACAAGGAUAGAGCCAUUGGUACCAUUCAAUUCGAUUUGGAGGCCUUGUACAAGAACUCUAAGCAACCGGAUUUGAGUGGCACUGUGACCAGAAACAACAAGCCUGUCGGAGAACUCAAGUUUGGCUUGAACUACAUGCCAACCCUUGAAGCGGUCAGACAGGUUGACGGGGCCGUGGUGCCACCACCAGACUUGAACACUGGUAUUGCUCGUAUCGAGAUUGGUGGUGCCAGACACUUGAAAGGUGAUAGCAAGAAGAUUUCCACAUAUGCUGAGCUUUAUAUCAAUGGUAAGUUGAAGGUGACCACUCCUGUACAAAAGGGCACCAACGCCCCCAACUGGGCCAUUUCCCAUGAAGAAAUCAUUGGAAACAGAUCUAAGGCCAAGGUUAGAGUUGUACUCAAGAAUAAGGAUGGUAAGCCUGUGGGUCAAGUUUUCUCCUCGUUGAACAAUUUCAUCGAUUCCACCCAAGUGGAGGAAAACUGGUUCCCAUUGGCCAAAGGUGGUGAGAUCAGCAUUACUACUGGAUGGAAGCCUGUUGGAUUAACUGAUGCUGCCGGUAGUGGUGGCUACACCGCCCCAAUCGGGGUGGUUAGAGUUUCUGUCGAAAGGGCUGAAGACUUGAGAAACUUGGAAACCAUUGGUACUGUAGACCCAUAUGCUAGAAUUCUUGUCAAUGGAUUUGAACGUAGUAGAACUGCUGUUGCUGACAGUACGUUGAACCCUACCUGGAACGAAGUUCAUUAUGUCACGGUUGCAUCUGCCAACCAGAAGUUGACCAUUGACGUUAUGGAUGUUGAACUGCACUCUCCUGACAGAACUCUUGGAUCAUUUGACGUGAAGUUGAAUGAGAUCAUCAACAAGAACGAGAAGGGUAAGUACAUUGAAUGGGAAGACGACUUGAAGAGAGAAUCGAAGUUGAUCCACAAGAAGGGUCCUAAGGGUACUGUGACCUAUUCGUUGAGUUUCUAUCCAACCUUGCCAGUCAAGACCUUGGAAGAUAUUAAGGAUGAAGAGGAAGCUGCCAAGCAAGACAAGAGAAGAAAGGAGAAGGAAGACGCCAAGAAGAGAAAGGAGGAGGAAGCCAAUGGUACAAGCAAGGACGAGAAGAAGGCUGUUCCUAAUGAAGUCUCGGAUGAGGAAGAGCAAGAAAAGAAGGAUGAUGCUGGUUUGGAAGACAUUGAGGAUGUCAAUGAAGAAAGUGGAUCCAAUGCCAAGGUUCAACUUUCUCUUGACCAACUUCUUGAGUACAACAGCGGUGUGUUUGUGUUUGAACUUAUCGACGGGACUGUUUCCAAGGACGACGUUUACCUCCAUGUCUACUUUGACAACCAUGGUACUCAUGACUACGUUUCCCAGAAGUUCACCAAGAAGCAAAUGAAGAUUGGUCAAACUGGAGAUGCUGUCAUCAAGGAACUCGACUGGAGUAAAGCAUGUUUCAGAUUGUCCAAGGGUAAGGAUGACAAUAGAUUGGAAAAAUGUAUUGCCGAGACCACCAUUCCUACUCUUCAAUUGGUCAAGAAUGGAUACCAUGAACCAACCACCAUCCAAUUGAGCGGUGCCGGAACCGGUCUGUUCAAGAUCCAUGCUCAAUGGAUCCCUGUUCUCUAUGCCAAUUCUAUCCCACCCCAGGACAGUGUCAACAACUCUGGUAUUCUCCAUGUGACCACCGUGAGAGCUGAAGGCUUGAUGGCCGCUGACCGUAGUGGUAAGUCCGAUCCUUAUGUCAAGUUGUACCUCAACACCGACAAGGACGAAUUCUUCAAGUCCAAGAAGGUUAAAAAGACUUUGGAGCCUACCUGGAACGAGGAUUCGUCGGUGGAAGUUGCCAAUUUGUACGAUUCCAUCUUGAAAGUGGAUUGCUUUGAUUGGGACAUGGGUCCUGAACAAGACGAUUUCCUUGGGGUUGGAUAUGUUAAGCUUUCUGACGUUGACCCAAAGAACAACCAUGAAGAAAUCGCCUGUAAGUUGACCACCGAUACCGGUGAUGAUGGAGGUGUAGUCUACUUUAAGUUCAACUUCAAGCCUGAGUUCAUCCUCACUGUGAGACCAUUAGAAGGAACCCAUAUCGGAGACGCCUUGGGUGCCGUUGGAGGUGUUGGAAAGGGUGUUGUUGGUGGUGUCGGAAAGGGUGUUGGUAAGGGCCUCGGUGGAGGUGCCAGUCUCUUCAAAAAGGGCUUACAUUUGGGAAGAUCGAGCGAAAAAGAUGAGUAGUUUGUUUUGUAUUUUUAUAUGUUCUAUUUAAAUUGUAUCAAUCAAAGUGUAGAGAGAAACUCCGUAGGAUAGGCCACUCGCCUCUCUGUGGGACUGUAAGACGCUCCGCUGGCCCCUGCUCGGGGAGAGCCACUGGCGUGGGGCCUGGCUCCUCUACGAGGAGACUCUCCUGACUACUUGCUGCUAAAUUCCUCGCUAGAGGAACAUGGCCUCCACGGCUAGUGGCCCACGGAGUGCCAGCGGAGCGGCUUGCAACUCCUGGAGGGUAGUCCCCUCAUCCCCUUCCCUGCUCACCUGCUCGACCCUCCAAUUGAACCCUCAACUAAAG